AUGGCUCUCAAGCUGUGCCUGCUGCUUGGCUGGCAUGCUGGCCUGGCACUGUCCGAUGGAACUGGCAUGAUUGGAUGGGGAAAGACCAUGUACCAUCCUGCCUGCGCCUUUGCAUGCCGUGGUGUCGUUAAAGGCUGUCCUUUGACUUGUACCCCUAAGGAGGACGAUGCAGCGAUUCAUGGCUCAGGACACUCAACCACCACCACGCCGCCAGAGUGUUACACCAGCGAUCCUGCCUUUCUCAAGACUAUGGCACUCUGCAUCGACACUUAUUGCCCGGGAAGCGAUGCACCUGAGCUUGCCUUAAUUGAAGACUACUGGCGUGGCCACUUGGCUACCGGUACUGUCGGAACCAUGGAAUGGAAGCCCGUCAUGUCUUACCAGGACGCUCUGGCAGGAGCCAAGAAGGAUGAGGAAGAGGCUUCUGGUAAGAUGAGCAAUGAGACAAGCAGCCACGAUAACCAUUCCAGAAAGAUCAAGCCCAGACAACACGGAGGACAUGGAGGACAAACAGAGGAGACGACGGAAUCUGAACCAGAUACUUCAUUGUCCAUCGCCGUGUCGGGAGAGCCCCUGAAUGUCACGAGUUUUGUCUUGCAAGCAAACUGGCAGAAGCAGUACAAUGGCAUGACCUCAUUUGAGACCAAUGAGAUUGGGCACGUAACCUACACCAUAGCCAUCAUGCUUGUUGCCAUCUUCCUCCCAGUCGUCUUGUCACUAUUCCGCCUCGUCCCAGCUCUGAACAGGAGCAUCUCCUGGGCUUGGCUCAACUCGGUCCUCAACCAUCCCCCAGCCUGGGGCACAUCCCAUCGUGCACCGGUUGCACUUCAUCUCGGAGGAGGUCUCGUCCCAACCCGUGGCCAGCUAAUGUUUAUUCUCCUCAUCAGCCUACUCAACUUUGUCUUUCUCAUCGCACCUUACUACAACAUUCAACCCCAGAGUUCUUUUGCUAGUCUGCGCGAGCAGGAAAUCAGCACUAUCGGAAAUAGAGCUGGUGUCAUGGCCAUGGGAAACAUGGUGGCGCUUAUGAUCUUUUCAUCUCGAAACAGCCUCCUCCUGCAGAUGACUGAUUGGAGCUAUGGAACAUACCUGCUGCUUCAUCGCUGGCUUGGAUACUGGACCAUUCUGCACACUGUUCUGCACUCGAUUAUGCUGCUGGUGUACUACAAGCUCUUUGGAGACUACGAUGCCGAGCUUGUUCAGGAUUACUGGAUUUGGGGUAUUGUUGCAACAGUUGCUGCUGUCAUCAUCUGGCCAACUUCUCUGCUUGUCGUUCGACAAAAGGCAUACGAAGUGUUCCUGGCCACCCACCAGCUCAUGGUUCUGAUUUUCCUCAUCGGAUACUACUACCACAUCUGGUACCGAUACGAUUACAACUGGGGCUAUGAGAUUUGGAUGUUUAUCGGCUCUGGUAUCUGGGCCCUUGAGCGUCUUGCCCGGGUGGUUCGAAUGACUGGACGGGGUCUGAAGACUGCCGUCGUCUCGACCGUCGAUGGUUCAGAAGGAGAGUAUCUGAAGAUCACCAUCGACGAUGUUUCAGUUCAUGGUGUCGCCUAUCUCUGCUUUCCGACCUUGAGCUGGCGGUUCUGGGAGACUCAUCCUUUCUCCGUUGCUUCGUCAUUGUCUUUUGAAGAACCCGCUUCUGGAAGUGAAAGCAACAUCGGAAAAGAGAAGGACGACAAGGCCGAUUCUACGUCACAGCCAGCGGAAGUGCCUCGCGAAAGGACCGGCCCUGUAUCCGGAGCGACAUUCUACGUGAGGACACGCUCAGGCAUGACCGGAAAGCUCCACCAAAAAGUUGCAUCGGCUGGGGGUAUGCUUCGACUACGAGUUCUUAUCGAGGGCUCAUAUCAUUCUAGCCCCGUCAAUAAGCUGUCCCACUGCUCUGACCUCGUCUGCUUUGCUGGUGGAGUCGGAAUCACUACCAUGUUGCCACUCCUCCACGAGAACGGAACCAGAUCCGCGCGCGUGUACUGGGGCCUGAGGAACGAUUCGCUUCAGAAAGAGCUCAGCCAAGAAAUGUCCGGUCUCCCACCAACUGUUAGUAUUACCACUAGCGUAGGGAAGCGCAUGGACAUUGCGGAAAUUCUUCAAAGCGAGCUAACGGCUAGUGGUGGACGAAAGGAUCCCAUCGGUAUCCUCGUCUCAGGACCACCGGGCAUGGCGGAUGAUGUGCGGGUUGCUGCUUCGAAUCUUGGACGAUCUGGUGGUUUGAGAAGAGGUUUUGUUCUUAUAGAUGAAGCAUUUAGCUGGUAG